GGAGAAUCCAUCCAAGGCACUACUUGACAAAGGGAAUGAUCCCCUUCACAAGGCGACAAGGCAGCUUGAGGACGAAACCAGUCACCUCGCACCACAUCAGCAGCAUGCCCCCACGUGGGCGCACGUGGUCCUGUCCCCUUAGCCUAGUAUAAAUACUCAUGUAAACCUCAGAAAGAGGGAUCCGAAUUCACUCUCUUUAAACUCCUUGUAAAAGCACCCGUGCAUUCUCCGUUAUAAUAUAAAUUGGGCUACAGGGGCUGAAGUGGUUGUGGGAGUUGUGGCGAUUGCGGGGGGUCGACGGUGGUUUUGGAUCUGCCGCAGUAGUGGUAUCGACGGAAAUGAGCUCCGGCCACUAGCUCCCUCGUCAGCCGCCUUGCUAGGGCGUUUUGAAGAACAGAUUUUCCACUGAUCGAACCAUCUGACGCUCCCGUGAUUGCUCUAAUAGUGCGAGAAUGACGAAAUUGGGGAUUUGCCCGUUUGAAUUUUGAAUUCCAUGAGUGGCUCUGGUUUUCUGCUCAGAAUUAGGUCCCGGGAGUGUUGAAGACAAGCAGAAUGCCGGCUCACAAGUCGAAAUCGGAGAAGAGGGAGGAUUCUAAGCCUCUGCGGAGAGAUCCUUAUGAGGUCCUAGGAGUCAACAAGUACUCCACAGAUCAGGAAAUUAAAACUGCUUACCGAAAACUAGCUCUGAAGUACCAUCCCGACAAGAAUGGAAAUGACCCUAGAGCAGCUGAUAUGUUCAAGGAAGUCACUUUUUCAUAUAACAUUUUGUCUAACCCAGACAAAAGGCGUCAAUAUGAUUCUUCUGGGUUUGAGGCGGUAGAAUCAGAUAGUCAAGACAUGGAACUAGAUCUUUCAAGUUUGGGGCCUGUAAACACCAUGUUUGCUGCCCUAUUCAGUAAGCUUGGGGUACCAAUCAGGACUGCUGUUUCAGCCACUGUCUUGGAAGAAGCUUUAAAUGGCACUGUGCCCCUUCGCCCCCUCGAACUUGGGCAGCCCAUCUGUAGGAAGGUAGAAAAGCAGUGUGCACACUUCUAUUCUGUUACAAUCACAGAAAAGGAAUAUAAAGGAGGCUUUGUCUGUCGGGUGUUAUCAUUAGAUAAAAGCAAGUUUAAGCUGUUGUACUUUGAGAGAGAAGAAAAUGGUGGGUUGAGCCUUGCACUGCAGGAGGAUAGCACAAAAACUGGAAAAGUGACUUCUGCUGGGAUGUAUUUUUUUGGAUUCACUGUUUAUCAUAUGGAUCCAGCUCAUACCUCGUUGACAACUGCUAAGGAUCAAGACUCUGCAUUGUUUAAAAAACUGGAUGGGUUUCAGCCAUGUGAGAUAACAGAGUUAAAACCCGGAACACAUAUUUUUGCCGUAUACGGUGACAACUUUUUCAAAAGCAUAAGCUACACAAUUGAAGCCGUUUGUGCUGAAAAUUUUGCUGAGGAUAAAGAGAAUCUAAGAUCAGUUGAAAGUCAAAUUUUAUCAAAGAGGGUGGAGUUGUCCAAGUUUGAAACAGAAUACCGGGAGGUUCUUGCACAAUUUACAGAGAUGACAAGUAGGUAUGCGCAAGAAAUGCAAGCAAUUGACGAGCUUCUUAAGCAGAGGAAUGAAAUACAUGCCUCGUAUACAACUGCUUCUUCCCCGAUGAAGAACACUGGCAGUGGUCGCACCAAAAGCAACAGCGCUUCUAAAGAGGCCAAUGAGGACGACAGCCCAGUAAGACCAAAGAAAUCUUCAAGAGAACAACAAGCGAAGAAGAAGAAGAAAUGGUUCAACAUUCACUUAAAGGUGGACAAAAGAAAGCCUUGCUAAGCGUGGGGUUAGAACUUCUUCCCACAUUCAACCAAUUCAGUAUUUGUGCUUCACUUUCCUCUCUUUUUUUCGGGUAACGGUUCAAGUCCCAGCAACAAGCCAAUUGCGGGACCACACAAAUUCGGACCGCAGUUUUCUGCGCGCAUCUGGUGAUCGACUGACAAUGUCAUCAAUUAUAUACCAGCAUCUACAUGUAAUGACGGUCCAACAUGCAAAGCGUUGUGACAGGUAGCUCUAGAAUUCUUUCCCUUUGUAUAAUUGUAUUCUUUGUUAGUUGCCGUUAUUGUGUAUGCUCUGGAUUCUACCAUCAAUUCGCUCUUUUUUCGACUUUGCUUUCGAUGCUUUCUCCCAGACGAAUGUAAAGCAAACUGAAUCUGUAUUUUGGGAACUUUCUUGAAUAACUAUUAGCAGUGCAGGUUGUCCACUUGGGGAAGUUAUU